AUGAACACGAGUAGAGCAAGUGUUUAUGGCAGUUCUCAAUAUCAACUGAGGCAAAGAACAGUACUACAUGCAACACCUACAAGAUAUUCAAUCGAAAUUCUUACAUGGAAAUUACAGGAAAGCGCUCUAGUCAUUGCCAGGCUUUUGCUCCCUCAGAUAUUUGAGAAAAUGGCAAUGCAUGAGAUCAGGGUUCCGAUCGCUGAAAGAUCUACUAUGAACAUAUACAUUAAGGGGGAAGACAUUGAACUCGAGCAGAAUUACAUUGGCAUUUUGCUGGAAGGAUUUUUGAAGACCAAGAACCAAAAUCUGAUCACACCUCCAGGGGUGCUGCUUCUAUCAAAUACUGACUUGACCAAAUUUGGUCUCGAGUCUUCAGACUACUAUUACACUGCACCCAGCUAUCAAGUGGAGGCUAGAACGAGGAUUAUCUUCUUCGAAAUCAGUAGGGUCCCAGAGGCAGAGGCCGGUCUUCAGAGAACCGCGUCGCUGCUGUCUCAAACUCAUGAACCACCACGGACCCUGAGCAAAGAGCAUAGCGGUCUGCUCAGGUGGCCGGAAAGCUUCCGGAAGUCCCGAGGGCCUCACAAUGUCAGCUUCGCCGAGACCAGAAACCAGCCGGGCAGCUUCUCUGCCAGAGCCCUGCAGUUGAGCAUGUACGGCAGCAUGAUCAAUGACAUGCACUCCGGUCAGGGUCAGAGGCAUCGGUCGCAUGCAGGCAACGAACCAGAAGCACAGCUCCUCCUACCCCCGAGUGCCGUCAAGGCCGUCCGACGCGCGGCCUCUGCUCUCCGUGCAGUCGGAGGGUUCCAACAUGAAGAGUGUUACGAAUCAAAGUGA